UCGAAUACUGCAAUCACCAAAAACCGGCAAGCAGUUAAUUAAACGAAUAACUACGUAAAUUGGAUAUUUUUACACACAUCUAGAAAGCAGUAAAAAAAGCAUGAAAGAAGGCCAUUGUACAUAAAGUAAAACAUGGAAGUCAACGGUCAAAGUUGAUUCAUUAUAUUUUUGCACCGAUUUAUUGCUAUACUAAAAAGGCUCUUCAGCAUAUCUUUUGGAGGCUGUGAUUUAGGCAAGCCCAUAUUCCGAAACUAAGCAUGUUAAAUUAAUGGGUUGACAUAGAGGAGGCUCUCCAAAUUAAGGAUAUACACCUGCCGGAAAUGUCUGAAGGAAAGCGAAACAACAGUUAUAUCCGAGUAAGUUAUUAUGGAAGUAUCAGGAAAGUCGUGAAAACUACUUUUUGGAUGAGCUACAUAAAAAAUAGUCUUAUACAAAUGGCCGCUUUCCAGUUUACCUCGUUUAAUCUGCAAAUGGCACAAGAUUAUUUUUCCAAUUUAAGUCCAUUAGCUCAGCGCAUUGCGUCUGAUAUAAACAUAACAAAAUCAUCAUAUGGCACGCUUUGGUAUACUAUGAAAGAAAAUCAACAAAACGAGAUCAUAAACCAAACUCUGAUAAAUCCUGAAAUUUCGCUGAAGUAUUUGGAAAAUCUGUUCCUGCCCGCUUCAUCGUUAUCACCAAGUUCAUCUUCGUCAAGCUCAUCUUCGGCUAGUUUAUGUACUACAAGUGCUGAACAUAUUUUGCCAUCGUCUUCAAAGAACCGAGGACAAGAUUAUUUUCCCAAUGUCAAUAGUAAAACAUCGCGUUCGUUAACUGAAAAUAUUUUACAGACUCAAAAUUUAUUGUCAAAAACCUUGGUAGCACGCGCUAAGCACACUGUCACAUCACACACACAUCAACUUGGUAAAUUAAAACCUCCUUCGUCUCCACCGCCACCUCCUCCCACUAGAUCCAAAAAAUUGAAAAGAACUGAAAAUACUGAAAAACAGAAAAGUUAUUUGAGAUCGCUUCAAACGUUACGCAAUGAUCCGGCAAAUGGUAGAAACGAGAAAACAGAUUAUAUUUAUGAUGGAGUCAACUUACAUACAUAUAUCGCACAGAAAGUGGCACUAAAAAUUAUAUAUGAUGAUGUAUUAAGGGCAUAUCCCAAUGAACAUUCGCAACCUUUCAGUUAUCGCACAAAAUCACAAAUAAACCUACAACAACAGUAUUAUGAAGCUGAUUUGAAUGAUAUAAAUCUAAACACUAACUUUGAUUAUAAAUGCCUUACUUCAAACGAGUCGUGCAAUAUAAAUUUGGUUAAAAAUGUAGAUCUAACUAAAAAUUAUGAUAGCUUACAAAAGGAGUUAAAGAGUACAUUGAGCAACCAUUUGAAGCCGUUUAGAAAAAAUAAACGCCUAUUACCUAUAUCGCAAGAAGCAUCCAAUAAUCCAUCUGCUAAAGCAAUUCAAGUGCUUUCUUCGCCAAAUUCGAAUAAGUCUAAAAAUGAAUCGAGCAGAUGUUUGAAAGAAAAUUUUGUAAAGCAUACAUCCGAGGGCUCAUUCUUACUCGACUUCAAACCGAAGCAAUCAAAUUUGAAUUAUGCCGUGUACGCAGAUGUCUAUGUUGAAAAAGGUGAAUCAGCUACUCUAGUGUACAAUUGCAGCAACAGCGGAAUUCUGACGGGAUCCUCGAACUCGUUAACAACUACAUCCGAUGACGACGCACAAAGUAAUCACGAAUAUAAUGACGAGAAUGGUGACGAAAAAACUUUGUGCCGGCUUUUUGAUAACGAUCUAAAUUUACAUAGGGGAUUCGAUUUUCUGAAUAAUUGGUAAAGAAAUUUGUAUACUUUUGAUAUAAAUAAGGGAAUCAUUAUAAUUAUUAAGUAGAGAUGAUAUCAUAUACAUCAUUCAAUGUAUUUUUUAAUUUCCACUCCUUGGUCUGCAAAUUAUAAAAAAACAGUUUUUACAAAAAAAAGUUCAGUUUUUGUUUCUACGUUUACUAAUUUCUUGCAGUUGCACUUUUCUUAAGAAAUUAUUGGUAUAUUUAUGUGCACAAGUUCAAUAUGCAAAUACGUCUAAAUAAACAGUUCCAACAUUUUUAUUUUAAUUCAGUGAAAGGAAAAAAUGAUUUGAUAAUUAUUUGCAUGUUGUUGUUGUUCUAACGGUUAUCUAAUCCCCGUUAGGAUGGUAAGAUUUAUUAUCUAGGUUGUCGUCGACGUCAUAUAACGGGAGGCCCAAGAAACAUGUUGUUUCGACGGGGUCGGGCCAAAGGAAAAAGGGUGUCAGAUGAGUGUGGCAUGCAAAGAGGUGGCCAGUGUCGAAGA